ACUAAUACAUCUCCAUAGGCUUUAAUUUGUAGGGUCACGGGUCACAUAUCAUCUCAGUGAUGUGAUUCUGAGUGGAGGCUUGUUUUUUUUUCGUUUCAGUGACUUCAGGCCAUGAUAGAUUAGCUAAUUGUAAAUAUUAUUAUAAAGGGGGGGGGGAGUAAAAGGGGACACAUGGUCAAUUGACCAACACAUAAAUAUACACCUGCAAUGAAAUAAAGAGCACGAGCAGAUACGACAAGUAGAGAGUAGUUUAAUGAAAGAGGGCAGUAAGGAGGAAGACGAAGGGGAUAAAAAGGGGCAGAGGGGAGUGAACCGCAAAAGCGAAAAGCUCAGGGAAGUGAUAGAAAGCGGGAGAGCAGGCAGAGAAGCAGAGGGCAAAGGAGUGAAAACCCAUAUAGAGAUAGCAGGCGCUCUAUCUAGAGCAGCGCAAUGAAGGGAAUAGGAGGGCACAAGGAGGAAGCUGGCCACUCGAACAAGCUUGACCCACAAGACGCCUGGCUUCCCAUCACUGAGUCCAGACACGGCAACGCUUACUGCUCUGCUUUCCAUGCCCUCAGUUCCGGCAUCGGCGUUCAAGCUCUUGUCCUCCCUCUGGCUUUCCCUACUCUCGGCUGGACUUGGGGAAUCACAUGCCUCUGCAUCGCUUUCUCGUGGCAGCUCUACACCCUUUGGUUGCUGAUCCACCUCCACGAAUCCCACCCCGCAGGAGCGCGUCACAGCAGAUAUCUCCGACUAGCCACGGCCGCAUUUGGAGAGAAGGUAGGGAAAGCAGUGGCAUUGUUGCCAAUCAUGUACCUGUCGGGGGGCACGUGUGUGACGCUGAUCAUGAUCGGAGGAGGCGCCAUGAAGGCAUUCUUCCAAACAGUGGGAGAGAAGGGGCAUGCGCUCACCACCACGGAGUGGUAUUUCCUAUUUACAGCAAUUGCCACUCUGCUUGCUCAGCUUCCCAACCUCAACUCAAUGGCGGCGGUUUCCCUCCUCGGAGCCCUCACCGGCGUCGCCUACUGCACCCUCAUCUGGGCGGUCUCCGUUGUUCAGGGCAAGCUCCUCCCUCUUCCUCCGUCGCCCCAUCAAUCACUGCCUGCCAGGGUUUUUGGCGUCUUCAAUGCUCUUGGCGUCAUUGCUUUCACCUUCAGGGGUCACAACCUUGUGCUCGAAAUUCAGGGAACAUUGCCUUCGGAUACGGACCGACCCUCGCACUUGGCCAUGUGGAGAGGUGUUAAGUUUGCGUAUCUAAUAAUCGCCUCCUGUGUGUUGCCCCUGGCCAUUGGAGGUUAUUGGGCCUAUGGAAAUUUGGUGACAAUGCUUCCUGGCAACGGAGGCAUGUUAAGCGCAUUACACAAGUACCACGAGCACGACACAACCAAGACGAUGCUGGCAUGCGCGAGCCUGCUUGUAGUGAUAAACAGUGUGAGCUCAUUUCAAAUAUACGCAAUGCCGGUGUUCGACAAUCUGGAGGUGAGAUACACAAGCAGGAAGAAAAGAGCUUGUCCGAGGCGGCUGAGGGCGGCCUUGAGGGUAUUCUUCGGAUGCCUGGCUUAUUUCAUUGCCGUGGCACUGCCCUUCUUGCCAAGCCUGGCGGGUCUGCUUGGAGGCUUUGCUCUGCCGGUCACCCUGGCGUAUCCCUGCUUCAUGUGGUUAAAGAUGAAGAAGCCAAGCAAGUACAGCACGAAUUGGUGGCUCAGCUGGAUGCUCGGCGUCUGCGGCGUGGUUCUCAGCGUUCUGGUCAUCGCCGGCGCCAUCUGGGGAAUAGCCGCACACGGCAUCAACACCAACUUCUUUGACCCCCACUGAUGAUUGAUGAAUCCUGAUGGAUAAUCAGCUUCUAUUACCUGUCCGCUCUCCAGUAACUCAUCUCGCCACAUAUUUCUGUCUAAUUUAAUUUCAUGUCUUCAGAGUUCA